AUGGCGGAGGACUUCGAGGAUGCGGGCCAACGGUACACUUUUCUUCUGCGGCCGGUGAAAGAUUUAGGAAAAAAUUUUGAAGUCAAUAUUGCAAAGGAGCUCGAUGAAUAUUGCGAACGACUCGGCGAUGUCACAGAUGAGGCACAUCAAGGAGUUGAUAAUCACCACAGGUUCAACUUUGCCGAAGCAGCGAUGCUCAUUCAAGGGUCGGCAUAUGUUUUUGGUAGAAAGGUAGACUAUGUUCAUUCCCAGGCAGUCCACUUCUUCGAGGCGCUCCAGCCACAGAAGACCAAGAAAAAGAAGAAAAAAGGAGGUAGUAUUUGUACCGUUGAUGUAUUUUUCGGGAUGUAUAAUGAUUCUUGUACAGAAGAGGAAGAGGAUGACGAAGGAUUCGUGGACGGCGACAAUGCUAGUAUUGAUCCAUGCGAUUUGGUUGACUACAGCAAAGUAAAAGUAUGCAGCGAAAUGUCACUUCUCAAGGACCGCGAAAGUAAGAAUGAACAGGGCAUUUUAAAAAUUUCCAGUAACCUUCUUCUCAAUGCGCACUUUUUUAAGAAAGCAAGUAGGGGUCACCCUCCGAAGAUCAAAGUUAUGCCAAUGUCGUUAAUGCCUUUGGCGGAUAACGAGAAAAGUGGCGUUCUGGUCUACUCUACUGGUUACCGGAUGGAAGUCAUCGGUAAAAUGGACGACUUUAAAAUGAAUGCCGGCUUUUUGAAUAGCAGAGGUGUCCUAUUGUUGCAAUUGGCCCACAACAAGAUUGUCGAUGAGUUUGCCAGUGAAGCUUUUCUUCGGAUGUGGCAUCCAUAUCCUCUUCAAUGCUGA